CAGACCGGAGUCUCAGCCAUUUUGAUUCUGCGCCUCUUCGCUAUGGCGGAGAUGGACGACGGCGACGAGCCGAGUUUAGUUCACACGCACAGCGGUUCGUCCGGGUCCAAGUCCGGAGCAGAUAAGAUGUUUUCCCUUAAGAAAUGGAAUGCAGUGGCGAUGUGGAGCUGGGAUGUUGAGUGCGACACCUGCGCUAUUUGCAGGGUUCAAGUAAUGGAUGCGUGUUUGAGAUGCCAAGCUGAAAACAAGCAAGAAGACUGUGUUGUGGUAUGGGGAGAGUGCAACCACUCUUUCCACAACUGCUGUAUGUCGCUCUGGGUGAAGCAGAACAACAGAUGCCCGCUGUGCCAACAGGACUGGGUAGUACAGAGGAUCGGCAAGUGAGGAUUUCAAGCCUCGUACCCACACCUCCUCCGUCCACUUUGGCACCGCUCUGUCUAUGGAGAACAGGACUGAUUAUCAGAGCAUCUCUCUUGCCACUGAAUGUGUAGUUACACCUGUGUGCAUGUAUGUUACUGUCAGAGUGAAAUCAUGGAUGUAGGGAGAAAUUCGGGUGACGCUGGUGUGUUAUACCCCUCGGUCACUGAAUACAGCAUUAACUUGAGCCAGCUUGUGGAGCUCCGGGUUUGUAGCAUCACGUGAUGAACUGAAGAACCGUUGUACUAUGAAUGUGUGUUGUAAGUGUGUUAGAAAUAAAUAAAAUACUCAGUGUA